UCUUCUUCUUCUCUUCUUCUUCUCUUCUUCUUCUCUUCCCCACUUUUCACUUUUCUCGGCCUCUCCUUUGGUAAAACCCUAAUCCGAAGCCUAACCCGACGCUCUUUUGCCGGCGUCGGCUCCGUGUUCCGGCUGUUCUCUGCUGUGCUGUUACUGCUGUUUGUAUGUAUUGUAUUGUGUAUUAUUGUAUUUAUUGUAUUCAAGAGUAAUCGUAUUAUAUUGUAUUGUAUUGUAUUCUGUUUCUACUUAUUCCCAUCUUCUAUACCCAUCACAUCUCUUCUACCUGCUCUUCCCGCGCCUCCUACCAUUAGGGUUCCUAUCCUCCCAACCAUCCCUACUAUCGCCAUCUCAUCUUCUCAACUUCUCAAAUACUCAACUACUCACUAUCUCCAUGGCCCUCAUCCGCCUCCCCAGAGCAAGAGGCCUCGGCCCCCCCGUCAUCCACAACGAGCGCCUUCUCCAGCGCGUCGACCUCCUCGACUACAACCUCCUCCCCCUCGCCCCCUCCGCCCGCCUCCUCGACCCCUCGGCUUCCGUCCAGAUCCUCGAAUAUCCUCCUCCCCCCUCUCCAACCCCCGACGACUACUCAAUCUCUCAACUCCUCCAAGGAAACGCCCCCGGCGUCUCCACCACCUCCUACUCCUCCCACUCCGGCGAUCCUCUUCCCAAAUCUCAAUCUCAAUCUCAAUACGCAUCUCCCACCACCCCCAUCGCUCGUCCUGAAUCAUGGACCGCUCUCUACGUCAUCGGCAACAAAGGCUCCGGAAAGUGGACCUUCAUCGCCGACCUCCUCUUCCUCAAAGAAUUCUACCCCGUCCGUCCGUCCCCGCCGUCCUCUUCCUCAGCCAACCUCUCCUCCGACGAAGAAGACGCCGACGGCGCCUUCCCGCGCCCACCCAUCCUCUACUCUGACUGCAAUUACAUCUCGAAACUCGACGCGCCUCUCGGUUCCGGCGACAGCAUCUUUGACAUGCUCGACUACAUCCGCCGCGACCGCUCCUUCCGUCUAAACAGAUGGGCGAAACCCUCUUCCCUCCGCCGCGCCCACCUACGCCCUUCCUCAGCAUCUAAACCCCGUCGCGUCUUCUUCGCUCCGGACGACGAUUCCCGCAAUCUCUUUGUCCUCCUCCCCUCCGCGUGCGCUGAUCCCGCCCGCGACAUCUCUUCCCUACCUUACAAAGACCGCGUCGUCAUCCUCUUCGUCGACGCAGCCCCUCCAUCAUCCAACUCCGACUCCACCCCCGACCCCGCCACCAUCUCCCCCUCUGACCCAUGCCGCUUCGACGACGACACCAGAUUCCGCCUCCGCAGCUUACUCCGCCUCCCUUCCGUCUCACGACUCAUUAUCGCCGUCAACAAACUCAUCGACCGAUCCAACGCCGCAAACGUCAAGCCCCGCUUCGACGCCGUCGUCGAGUACAUUAAAUCCAACGAACUUCGGCAGGCAUUUGCUGACGUCGGACGAGAUCCUGCCCAGGUCUCUGUCUCUUUCGUGCCUACUAGUGCACUACAUGGCAGGCUUACUACCCAUGGCGCUCUGUAUAAAUACAUUCCAUGGUAUCAGGCCAAAACUGUCGUCCAGCUCCUAACUUCUUGAAAAGUCUGAUUAAGGAGCAGAUCUCAAUGCAUUUACUUGGAUUAACCA